AUGAGUUGGAAAAGCAAGAUAACUAUACCUUAUAAUGCAUCUAAUGAUAAUGAAAGCCAGCAAAUAGCUAGAGCAUCAGAAACCAUUGCGAACGAAAUUUACGAAAUAAUCCUUUCUCAAGAAUUGAAACUCGACUUCAUCAUUGAAGAAUGCAAAAUAGAUUCUCAGGCAUACCUUUUAUUGGAGGUAUUCAUAAGAAAGACUCACCUCGAUACAAGACAAAUAUACCAGGUCUAUAGAUUAGCAGCUGGCCAGUUGGAAAUCAGAAAUGAUACUUGGGAUUGGUCUGUAUUAGGAUCGCAAGUUUCCAGAAAGACCGUCUACUCAUUACGACUCCUACGCGAACUCUUGAUAUCACAAGAACAUGGAAAAUUGGAUAUAAUGCGUUUACUAGCAUGCUAUACGAAUCCUAAUCUACCAUGGACAAGUGAAAUUACUGAAAAAAUAGUCGGACUGGUUGAUGUCGAAGAUAUGAUGGAAGAGUUAAUAGAAACGGAGCUCAAACCAAACCUCUUGGUCCUUCCUAAAGUUGCGGGCAAAAAAGCAUUGCAAGGAGGUCUCAAUCCAAGAUUGGGAUAUGGGGGAGCUAAGAGAGAAAUUCUUGAGGAAGAUGCCAGGCGCAACUGGAAGUCGGGCACUAAAGUGAAGGCACUAUCUGUAGCAUAUUUCAUUAUAAAAUUGGCUCCUUCAACGUUCUGGAGUGCUGGCAAUUGGAGAGUCAUAUCUUCUUUCAUAUUGAAUGUGGGCGAUGAUCACGAUCCUCUAUUCAAAUAUCAAAGCGUCAAACUCUUAGCAUUAAUGACAGAGAGGCUUGAACAAUUAGAUCAUAUCGAUGUUAUUAGAUCAUCUGGGUUGAUAGAUGUAUUGCUGGAAUCUGUUCGCAAAUGUCUUGUGUAUUAUCCUUCAACUACGACUGUUAAUACUUCAUUAUUGUUAUUAGACGCUUCAUAUCCUCUUCUAUUCAAGUUGUUUGACAUAAGUGGAACAGAUUGGACAGAGAUUAUGGACGUGAUUAGCAGCAACAUUAUGGGUGCAAUUUCCCAUCUAAUCGGUACCGUAGAAGCCAGUUCAGGAUUUCCAGUAGUCUGCUUUCUUCUUGACCAGCUAUCAGAAAUAGUAGCGACGUCUAUUAAAACCAAAAUCCUCAUUUCGAUAUCUAGGUUGUUUUUCAUGUUGAACCUGAUAAUCACGAAUAUCACUGUUUUGGAUAAUUUCCAUGAAGGUCAAAGCGUUUUGGAGAAGGCCCUCUAUUGUCAAAGCACCGUUCUACAUCAGUUCUUGCCGAUCACUGACGAUCAAGAGAUCGAGGAGUUGUUGGGUUCUUAUAAGCACGAUCUAGUUGGUGCGUGGUUGGUACUUGCGAAAAGGUUAGCAAAUUAUGAAUAUGAUAAUGUCAAAUUGCAGAAGCAGAUGUCGGACAAUUUCAGUCUUCUAGAACAGCUACAGAAGGGGAACAAAUCAGCGGAUUAUGCUGACUUUCUUGAUUCCAUGAAAAAACAAGUCCCCGAAAUGAGUUACUUUGUAAAUAUCCGUACUUGA